AUGGCGUGUCUUAGGAAACUAAAAGACGACAUCUCGGUUUUGGAAUCUCUUUUUCCGAAAAAUCAUGAACGGUUGCAGGUGCUAGUUGCAUCUGUUGAUGAAAUCACUCUGAGAUUCAUAGACGGAACUGGGCGGUCGGUAAUCAUCAAUGCCAACAUCUUGGAGGAUUAUCCACGUCAGGCUCCUUUGUGGUUCAGCGAGUCAGACGAUGCUGUGAUUUGUUCCGCACUAGAACGACUUUCUUCAGGGGCCGAUCAACAGAAUUGCCUACUUGCUCAGAUCCACAAGUUGGUCUCAGAACUUUGUCGUCAAUAUAACGUCACAAUACCAUCAGAAUUAACUCGCCUGGCUCCGCCUGAUGAUGAUGAUCUAAAAGAUGAAGGGCAAGGCAGUGAUAUGGAGUCGGAGGACGAAGAGGGCGAGGAAAUGGUUGAGAUCGCCGAAGUUGACAUGACCGAGGAGGAACCUCACGCAAGCACAGACGACGAUGUGUCUCCAGAAGGAAAGGAGAUGCUCGAAAAAAUCACAAGGUCUACUCGUCAACAGCAUCUGAAUGGAAAUAUUCAAGGAUCCGUAACGGCUACUGAUCGCCUUAUGAAAGAAAUGAGAGAUAUCUACAAGAGUGAACACUUCAAGAACGGUGUUUAUUCUAUUGAGUUACGUGAUGGAGAUAACUUGUACGAGUGGUGGGUGAAGCUUUACAAGGUGGAUUCCGAUAGUGCUCUUUACUCUGACCUUCUGACAUUAGCCACUGAGCACAAGCAGGAUCACAUACUCUUCCACUUUCUCUUUAACGAGAAUUUCCCGUGCGAUCCACCUUUCGUACGUCUAGUGUCACCAACGGUGUCAAAUGGAUAUGUUCUCGGUGGUGGAGCCAUAUGCAUGGAGUUGCUGACAAAGCAGGGAUGGUCAUCAGCGUAUUCGAUCGAGUCUCUUAUCCUUCAGAUUGCAGCGACACUUGUCAAGGGGAAAGCUAGGAUACAGUUUGAGGCUAAGGCGCAGUAUAGUCUCGCAAGAGCUCAGCAGUCGUUCAAGUCACUGGUACAAAUACAUGCUAAAUCGGGCUGGUAUACACCGCCAACGACCGAGGGAUGA